GUAAUCACCUGGCAGCCUGGCAGCCUGGCAAUUGCGCAUCCUGGGAAGCGGCUACCACCAGGUCCGUGAAUACCUGGAAUACCUGGAAUACCCGUACCAGCCGUACCAGCCGUACCUACAUACUUUGGCGCAAGAACGACUGUCUUUAUCGCCGAUAACAAAUCGCCACCAGCUGUACCAGAGGACAAUCACGCGAAAAAAAAAAAGGCACUUAAGCUCAAGUUUGCUAUUAUUGUUGCUGCGGCUCCUCAAUCCUCAGAGGCGGAAAUCAACCGUCCAACCCUUUUUUUAGUCACUUCGCAUUUUCCAUUCUACAUUCCUCAGCCGCGAAAAAAAAGAAAAAAAAAGAAAAAGGAAAUAAUGGCAUACAGAGUAGUAUCACAACCCGAUCUAGAUCCCGCGCAAACCGCAUUUGCCAGCGCCGUCGACUUCUCCGACUACAGUAUCUUUAAUCGCCCAGUUCCUUUCGGACAACCACCUACUCCAGCGAAUUCAACCCCUUUCAACCCGAAUCAGCAGGACUACUCGAGUUACCAGUUACCCUCUAUACCCUCCCUACUGAACGAGCGCCAAUUCUCCGGCGUUUUCGAUUCCUUCCAGCAGGUCGAUUCUUACGUACCUCGUUAUCCACCUCACGACCACAACACGUCGUCGCCCACCAACCAUUACAAUCACGGUCAAGGAAGGCCUAGUUGGGGGUCUACUAGGCCAGAAUUUGCAUUUCCCGGAUUCGAUUCGAGUCUACGGCGGUUGCCUCGCUCAUCAUUUAAUUUCCACCCCGAAACCCACCCCGGUGUCGCCCCACCACGAGCCCAGGGACAGAGGUCGUCAACAUCUAACACUUACAACCCUCACACACAACUUCCUCACCCGAACGGUGACGACUACUACCUUGCUGCCUUAGCUGACGGCGAUUUUUCAUCGCCGUCACUUCCUCCCAUCAACAGCAGCCCUCUCCCGCCUACUCGAUCACAUAUUCCCCACCUACCUAAACCUCUUGAGGUCGGAGAAGCAAUGCCAACAACUGGUCCUCGUUGCUCAAGAAGUAACAAAGGACACCUUGUCGACCUGACUAAGGAGGAGCCGGAUUUCGAUUCUAUCUCGGGAGUCGACCCUACAACGCCUGCCAUGCCUCCCAGAAAGCGAGCCGCCGUCGGCGCAAAUAGUGAUUCGGCUUCCAAGAGACGGCGAACAUCUCAAUCUUCUCUCCAGAACUCCAGCCGAUCAACCAGAUUAAAAUGGAAGCCAAAUGACCAAAAUCCGUUUGUCGAUGAUGGUUGCAGUGGGCCCGCCAACGACGAUGGUCAUGAAACUAUUGAUCUAUCUAAUGCCGCUGAAGUCCCACCGGAGCUUAUGGCUCCCAAGGUUGACAACCGCAUCAAGAUUGGCAAAUUUCAGUGUGUAAUUUGCAUGGAUGACACCUCUUACUUGACUGUCACACACUGCGGUCACCUAUUCUGCUCCGAAUGUCUGCAUUCGGCACUUCAUAUCGAUAAUAUGAAGAAGACCUGCCCCGUCUGCCGAACGAAAGUCGACCCGAAGGAAAAGAAGGGCAAAAACCAAAAGUCCUACUACCAUCUCGAACUGAAGAUCAUGACAGCCAACAAGAAAGGAAAGCGGCCAGCUGUUUCUUCAUGACGUAGUUGAGCACAUGAUAGGGAGAUGUUACUUCACCGUCCGACUGACGUGGUGCAGACGCAGCUCAGACAAGAAGUGCGACGAAUCAGGGCUAGGCAGGGUAUCUUCCAUGGAUCGGCAGC